GCUUCGUUUCGCUUUCGCAAUCACAAAACUAGCAAAAUCGAGAAGAAAAAAAACUUAGUAGCGAACGAACCCGCCACUCAUUUAAUUUCCAGAUUUUUCUUCUUCCAGAUCUAUGCUCUCUCUCACUAUUUCCGAAUUUUCCGAGUGUUUUUUUCACCGGCGGUGAGUGAUAUGGUGGUGAUUCACGGAGUGUCUGUUACUCCACGCUUCACUCUUCCUUGUCGACCUCUCAACACUGGCUUUAAUGGCAAUUCCAGCCUCUCCUUCUUCCUCAAAAAGCACCAUCUCUCUCGGAAGAUCUUUGCUGGGAAACAAUCUGCGGAGUUUGAUUCUUCUUCACAAGCUAUCGCUGCGUCUGAGAAAGUCUUAGUACCUGAUAACCUUGAUGAUGAUCCCAGCAGUUUUUCACAAGAACCACAGAUAUUUAAUCUAGAAAGUCAAACAAUGGAAGAGACUCAGGCAUUAAGAACAGAAGAGAGAGGAGUGAGACCAAGAGUAGUUCCCUCACCUGGGGAUGGGAAAAAAAUAUAUGAGAUAGACCCAAUGUUACGAAGUUACAGCAAUCAUCUUGAUUACCGUUAUGGACAGUAUAAAAGAUUGCGUGAGGAAAUAGACAAAUAUGAGGGUGGUCUGGAGGCAUUUUCUCGUGGCUAUGAAAAGUUGGGAUUUUCGCGCAGUGAUGCCGGUAUAACAUAUAGAGAGUGGGCGCCUGGAGCUAAGUCACUAUGUGGUCGAAAUGCUGUAGCACCUGUCUCAUGUAGGAGUAGUGAUUGGUUUUGCUUAUUUGAAACUGAGUGUAGGAGGUUUAACAUGUUAGUCGCAUCACAUCUCUAUGGCAACUUGUACUUCUUUAUUGCUGCAUCACUUAUUGGAGAUUUCAACAACUGGAAUUCUAAUGCAGAUAUCAUGACUCGGAAUGAAUUUGGUGUUUGGGAGAUUUUUUUGCCCAACAACACUGAUGGUUCGCCUGCAAUUCCUCAUGGCUCACGUGUAAAGAUUCGUAUGGAUACUCCGUCUGGCAUUAAAGACUCAAUUCCUGCUUGGAUCAAAUUCUCCGUGCAAGCUCCAGGUGAAAUCCCAUUCAAUGGCAUAUACUAUGAUCCUCCAGAAGAGGAGAAAUAUGUAUUCAAACAUCCUCAACCAAAGAGACCUAAGUCGCUGAGGAUUUAUGAAGCACAUGUUGGCAUGAGUAGCACGGAACCAAUGGUCAAUACUUAUGCUAACUUUAGAGAUGAUGUUCUUCCACGCAUCAAAAGGCUUGGCUAUAAUGCGGUUCAAAUCAUGGCUAUACAAGAACAUUCAUAUUAUGCCAGCUUUGGGUACCAUGUCACAAACUUUUUUGCCCCAAGCAGUCGUUGUGGGACCCCAGAGGAACUAAAAUCUUUGAUAGAUAGAGCUCAUGAGUUAGGCCUGGUCGUUCUGAUGGAUAUCGUUCAUAGCCAUGCUUCAAAAAACACAUUGGAUGGACUGAACAUGUUUGAUGGAACUGAUGCUCACUAUUUCCACUCUGGACCUCGGGGUUACCAUUGGAUGUGGGACUCACGACUUUUCAAUUAUGGGAGCUGGGAAGUCUUACGAUAUCUCCUUUCAAAUGCACGGUGGUGGCUAGAAGAAUACAAGUUUGAUGGAUUUAGAUUUGAUGGUGUAACCUCAAUGAUGUAUACUCAUCAUGGACUCUCGGUUGGAUUUACUGGGAAUUACACCGAGUACUUUGGAUUGGAAACUGAUGUGGAUGCUGUGAAUUAUCUCAUGCUGGUAAAUGAUAUGAUUCAUGGGCUCUACCCUGAAGCGAUUACAGUUGGUGAAGAUGUUAGUGGUAUGCCAACAUUCUGUAUUCCUGUCCAAGAUGGUGGCGUUGGAUUUGACUACCGUUUACACAUGGCCAUAGCUGAUAAGUGGAUAGAAAUUCUUAAGAAGAGAGAUGAAGACUGGCAAAUGGGCGACAUCAUUUACACACUUACCAACAGAAGGUGGUCAGAGAAGUGUAUUGCUUAUGCUGAAAGUCACGAUCAAGCUCUUGUUGGUGAUAAAACAAUUGCCUUCUGGUUAAUGGACAAGGAUAUGUAUGAUUUCAUGGCAGUAGACAGACCAUCAACACCUCUUAUCGAUAGAGGAAUAGCUUUGCAUAAAAUGAUUAGGCUUAUAACUAUGGGAUUAGGCGGUGAAGGUUACUUAAAUUUCAUGGGAAACGAAUUCGGACAUCCAGAAUGGAUCGAUUUUCCCAGAGGCGAGCAGCGUUUUUCUGAUGGAAGUGUGAUUCCUGGCAACAAUUUUAGUUAUGACAAAUGCAGACGAAGAUUUGAUCUUGGGGAUGCAGACUAUCUCAGAUACCGCGGACUGCAAGAAUUUGAUCAGGCAAUGCAACAUCUUGAAGAGAAUUACGGUUUUAUGACUUCUGAGCACCAAUUCAUAUCACGAAAAGACGAAGCAGAUAGAGUAAUCGUAUUCGAAAGAGGUGAUCUCGUCUUUGUCUUUAACUUCCACUGGACCAGCAGCUACUUCGAUUACCGCAUUGGUUGCUCCAAGCCUGGGAAAUAUAAGAUCGUAUUGGACUCAGACGAUCCUCUGUUUGGUGGAUUCAAUAGGCUCGAUCGCAAGGCAGAGUAUUUCACAUAUGAUGGCUUAUACGACGGACGACCCAGCUCCUUCAUGGUCUAUGCACCGUGUAGAACCGCCGUGGUUUAUGCUUUAGCAAACCACGAUUAGGACUUUCAGACUUUGGAUCCAAUAUCGUAAUCAAGGAAGAGGCUGUGAGUGUAAAAAAUGUUUUUCCUUCAUUAGAGUGAAGUGAUGUGUACAAGGACACCGAGAAUGUAAAGAAUGUGGUAAUGAAAAAUAUCCAAAACA